CGGCACACCACCUUAUUAACAUGUCAGAAGAGAGCUGUAUUCGCUGUCUGCAGUGUAUCAUCCGGUAGUCCCAUGGCUUUAUCUGGCUAACGUCUUGGAGGAGCGUGCGCCUGUUGCAGACCUUCAUCUUCGUCCGGGAGACAUUACUGUACUAUCGCACUGCACUAUCGAGCGUGCACCUUGCGUCAUUGGCGUUUGCGGGAUAACGACCACAUCCCGCCGCUGCGAAUUUAUUUAUUAUAGUAUUGUUGAUAUAGAUGUAGUCCUAUCAAGCUUCCACACCAAGCGACUAACCGGAGCGCAUUCUAUAUUCUUUUUGCAACAGCAUUGCCAUUACGGACGAGUCAAUCAUUGCCGGUCUGGCAAAUAUCAGUCAGUUUCCAUUUAUUCAGAUUGUCCCUUGGGCGGAGAACAUCUUCUCAGUCCGACCUGGCCAUCAGCAGGCGUCCAGAUGGCGCCCACGGCCACGGCCACCGCGGCUGCGGAGCCCAGCUCUGAAGACGCCUGGCAUUUGCUCUACAAUCCCUUCACCACGACCAUCAAUGUGGACCAGAUCCAUGCAGAUAGUCCUGUCAAGUUGUUCCUUCAACGGCCUCUGUACGCCCCAUUGCUGUUUUCCAAUGUUACGUCUGAUGCGCGAGAUCAUUGUGCCAACGAAAGGACAUUUCUAUCAUGGCUACGUUUGGCGGUCUACAUGGCUGUUGUAUCCGUUGCCAUCUUCAUCAAUUUUCAUCUGAAGAAUCAACCCAGCCCGCUUGAGCAGAAACUAUCCCAUCCUCUUGGGAUUAUCUUCUGGGUGCUUUCUCUGGCUUGCCUUGGGAGUGGGAUGGCCAACUAUAUGCGGACAGUGACGAAGUACGCAGGACGACGGGCUCUGGUGCAAUCGGGAAUCAAGACGCAAAUCAUCUUUGGAGUGGUGGCCACUGCUAUUGUUGCGGCAUGUGCUCUAUUCCUCGGGGCAGAAGCGCAGGCCGCCAGACAGAGGAAGGGAACCAGCUAGUAUGGCCAGCGAUGAAGGUGUUGUAGUACAUUGAACCAGGUUAUUAUCUUUCCAGACA